CAGCCCUGAGACGCUCAGAUACAACCAGUGACAGCAUCACACACGGCCACAGCCCUGCAGUAGACACCCACACACGCAGAAACAGCUGGUGACUCUGAUACAGGCACAGGCAGUGACACACAAAACCACAGCCCCCCAGCACACACACACACACACACACACACACACACACACACACACACACAAGGCUGUGCUGACCGGUACAGGCCGACCUGGAGACACGUGCACACCCUCAGCCGGCGCGGCUGUUGGUGGCCUUGGCACACGCUCCCCACCCCCACGGGGACACCCGUGCUCCUCCACAGGCUCGCGCACACAGCCACGAGCAGACAGCUCACACGCACACCCCUCGCUGCAGCUCCUCCGGCAGCCCCGGCUCCCGCAGCCUCCUUUGUGGGGAGGAAGCACCCGGCUAACCUUGGAUGGAAUUGCAGUGAAGCCCAGCGCUCAGAGAGGAGAGGGUCUGGCCUGGCGUGACCCUCGCCGGCCCCUCCAGCGGGCUGGGUGAUGUCCCCGGGCCCGGGUCCUGGGGACCCUUGGCAGAACCAUGGAGCAACUGACAUCCCUCCCGCGGCUGGGGGACCCCGGAAACAUGGAGCCGUGGGCACUGCCCGCCUGGCAGAGCUGGACUUCAGGCCCAGGGUGUGAUGCUGGAGGAGCAUCCCCAAGCAUGGUUGGUGCCCCCACAGAUCUGCGUGUUGGAGAACUGAGGCCUGAGGAGAGCUCCGAGCCUGAGGGAGCCCGAAGCCCGGGGCCUGUGGGGGGCAUUGAGCCUGGAAGAACAGCAACUGGGCUGCCCAGCCCUGCGCAGGGAGCCUUGAGCUCCAGACCUGGCUGUCAGAGGCUGGAGGACCCGGAGGCAGAGGCUUUCUCUAAGGGCAAGCUGAAAAUGGUCUUCGGGGACAGGCCCAAUCUGGAGCUGCUGAGGGCCGUGGGGGAGCUGCAGCAGCGCUGUGCCAUCCUUAAGGAGGAGAACCAGAUGCUGAGGAAGAGCAGCUUCCCUGAGACGGAGGAGAAGGUGCGGAGGCUGAAGCGGAAGAAUGCCGAGCUGGCGGUCAUUGCCAAGCGCCUGGAGGAGAGGGCCCGAAAGCUGCAGGAGACUAACCUGAGGGUGGUGAGUGCUCCCAUGCCCAGUUCAGGGGCCAGCUUGGAGUUGUGCCGGAAGGCCCUGGCCCGCCAACGAGCCCAGGACCUCAGUGAGACGGCCAGCGCCCUGUUGGCCAAGGACAAGCAGAUCGCUGCCUUGCAGCGGGAGUGCAGGGAGCUGCAGGCCAGGCUCACCCUGGCGGGCAAGGAGGGCCCCCAGUGGCUCCACGUGCGGGACUUCGACCGGCUGCUGCGCGAGUCCCAGCGGGAGGUUCUGCGGCUGCAGAGGCAGAUCGCCCUGCGCAACCAGCGGGAGCCGCCCUCGCCGCCCCGGCCCCCGGACCCCUCUGCCCCGGCCAGAGCAGGGGCGCCCGCCCCGGGGGCCCCGGGAGAGGCCAUACCCCAGGAGGAUGUGGAAAACCCGGCUGUGGUCCUAGGGGAGCCCGAGAAGCAGCAGAGGGUGCAGCAACUGGAAUCGGAACUCAGCAAGAAGCGGAAGAAAUGCGAGAGCCUGGAGCAGGAAGCCCGGAAAAAGCAGAGGCGAUGCGAGGAGCUGGAACUGCAGCUCAGGGCAGCCCAGAAUGAGAAUGCCCGCCUUGUGGAGGAGAACUCUCGGCUCAGUGGGAGAGCCACGGAAAAGGAGCAGGUGGAGUGGGAGAAUGCAGAGCUGAGGGGCCAGCUCCUGGGGGUGACGCAGGAGAGGGACUCGGCCCUUCUCAAGAGCCAAGGCCUGCAGAGCAAGCUGGAGAGCCUGGAGCAGGUGCUGAAGCACAUGCGGGAGGUGGCCCAGCGGCGGCAGCAGCUGGAGGUGGAACACGAGCAGGCUCGGCUCAGCCUGCAGGAGAAGCGGGAGGAGGUCCGGAGGCUGCAGCAGGCCCAGGCGGAAGCCCAGAGAGAGCAUGAAGGCGCUGUGCAGCUGCUGGAGUCUACCCUGGAUUCCAUGCAGGUCCGGGUCCGGGAGCUGGAGGAGCAGUGCCGCAGCCAGACCGAGCGCUUCAGCCUGCUGGCACGGGAGCUCCAGGCCUUCCGCCUGCACCCCGGCCCCCUGGACCUGCUCACCUCCGCCCUGGGCUGCGGUGCCCCCGGGGACCGCCCACCACCCCCCUGCUGCUGCUCCACCCCGCAGCCCUGCCGCGGAUCCGGCCCCAAAGACCUCGACCUCCCACCAGCGUCCCCGGGGCGCUGCACCCCAAAGUCUUCCGAGCCUGCCGCUGCCACCCUUGCCGGGGUCUCCCGGAGGACGCCGGCCAAGAGGGCAGAGUCUCUGUCCAACUCCUCUCGCUCCGAGUCCAUCCACAACAGCCCCAAGUCCUGCCCAACCCCCGAGGUGGACACGGCCAGUGAGGUGGAGGAACUGGAGGCGGACAGCAUCUCGCUGCUCCCGGCAGUGGCAGAGGGCGGCCGGGGCGGAGCCAGGGUCCAGGUCUUCCUAGCUCGCUAUAGCUACAACCCCUUCGAGGGCCCCAACGAGAACCCAGAGGCAGAGCUGCCGCUGACCGCCGGCGAGUACAUCUACAUCUACGGCAGCAUGGACGAGGAUGGCUUCUUUGAAGGGGAGCUCAUGGACGGCCGGAGGGGCCUGGUCCCUUCCAAUUUUGUUGAGCGUGUGUCCGACGACGACCUGCUGGCCUCGCUGCCUCCAGAGCUGGCUGACUUGUCCCACAGCUCAGGCCCCGAGCUCAGUUUUCUGAGCAGCGGUGGAGGCGGCAGCAGUAGUGGGGGUCAGAGCAGCGGGGGAUGCAGCCAGCCCCGACCGGAGGACGAGGCAGCCGGGGAGGCACCCAGCCCGAGUCCCCCGCCCGAGGGCCUGGGGGAGCUCCCUGCCGUGCCUUACCCCCGCCGUCUGGCCAUCCUGAAGCAGCUGGCCCACAGCGUGGUGCUGGCCUGGGAGCCACCUCCUGAGCGCAUGGAGCUGCGCGGCUACCACGUCUGUGUGAAUGGGGAGCUGCGGCAGGCCCUGGGGUCCGGGGCACCCCCCACGGCUGUGCUGGAGAACUUGGACCUGCAGACCGGGCCCCUCCGGGUCUCUGUGCAGGCCCUGACCAGCCGGGGCGGCUCCGACCCGCUGCGCUGCUGCUUGCUGCUGGGAGCCCGGGCCCGCGUGGCUCCUAGCCAGCUGCGGGUCCAUCGGCUGACCGCCACAUCUGCCGAGAUCGCCUGGGUGCCCAGCAACAGCAGCUUGGCCCACGCCGUCUACCUCAACGGGGAGGAAUGCCCCCCAGCCCACCCCAGCACCUACUGGGCCACCUUCUGCCACCUGCGGCCUGGUACCCUCUAUCAGGCCCGAGUGGAGGCUCAGCUCCCGCCUCGAGGGUCCUGGGAACCAGGCGGGGAGAGGCCAGAGCCACGGGCUGCCACCCUGCAGUUCACCACACUGCCAGCAGGCCCACCUGAUGCCCCCCUGGAUGUGCAGGUCGAGCCAGGGCCCUCCCCUGGGAUCCUGAUCAUCAGCUGGCUCCCGGUGACAAUCGAUGCGGCUGGCACCUCCAACGGCGUCCGGGUCACAGGCUAUGCUGUUUAUGCUGAUGGGCAGAAGAUCAUGGAGGUGGCCUCACCCACGGCGGGCAGCGUGCUGGUGGAGCUGUCGCAGCUGCAGCUGCUGCAGGCGUGCCGCGCGGUGGCCGUGCGCACCAUGUCGCCCCACGGCGAGUCGGUGGACUCCCUCCCCGCUCCCGUCGCCCCCGCCCUGGCCGAGGCCUCCGGGCCGGCCAGGGUCCCCUGCGCCUCCCCACGACCGGGCCCGGAGGCCAGGCCGCCCCUUGCUCCAGCCUCCCUGGGGCUGGGGGACUCCAGUUCUCCUCUCUGGUGCCCCGACCCCCGUGGAGCUCAAGAGCCCCCGGGCGCCCCCCCAGCCAGCCCUCCCAGAGAGACGGCAGAACGAUCUUCAGAGGAGCCCCCAGUGCCUGUCUUGCAGGAGCUGGCUGGGGCAGCUGUGCUGGGUGCCCCUGGGGACGGGAAGGCCAGCGAGCCCGCCUUGGGAGACUGCGUUCCUGGCCCUGCCACCUCCUGUGUGGCCAAGGAGGACGCUGAGCAGACCGCGGGAGAGGCCCUCCUGGCACCCGGCGCCACCCAGGGAGCACUGGCCCAGAGGCUGCCCGGUGCCCAGGCCUGCCGUGGAGGAGACCCAGGGGCUGGGCUGAGGCCCCGGGCUGAGGAGGAAGCGGCCGAGCCGGGGGUCCGUCCAGGGAACUCCCUUGUGGACCAGGGCCGCACCUCAGACCUGUCAGACAUCCAAGAGGAGGAGGAGGAGGAGGAGGAGGAGCUGGGCGGCAGGACCUGCUCCUUCCGGAAGCAGGUGGCUGGCCACAGCAUCGGGGGGCAGGGGGCCAAGCCCCAGCCCGACCCCUUGUGUGAGACCGACAGCGACGAGGAGAUCUUGGAACAGAUCCUGGAGCCGCCCCUCCAGCACUUCCGCAGCAAGAAGCUGUUUAGCAUCCCCGAGGAGGAGGAGGAGGAGGAGGAAGAGGAGGAGGACGGAGAGGAGGAUGGGGAGGCCGCGCAGGAGGAGAAGGGGCCAGGGGCAGGCUCUGCAUCCAGAGACCCCGGCCCGCCUGCACCCCUGCCUCCGGGGCUGGGCUGCGACGGCGCGCGGUCCCGCGGACCUGGCCUCUGCGCUUCAUCCUGCAGCCCCUGCAGAGUUGGGGACCGCCCGGAGGACCCGCUGGGACUGGUCGGUGGCGGCAGCUGGAGGAAAGGAAGUGGCUCCCCCGAAAAGCCCCCUGGCCGCAGGCGGUCUCCGGAUCCCCGGGAGCACUGCAGCCGGCUUCUCAGCAACGGCGGCGGCGGGUCCCAGGCGCCCGGCCGAGCACCGGGCCCUGGGCGCGAGAGGGGCGGCCCCUCUGCGGCAGAGGGCGCCAGGGCUGCGCCGGACGCCGGCGGGAGGGCGCGGCCCGCCCCUUCCAGGAAGUGCCCCCGGGGCCGGGCCCCGGAACCGGGCCUGGCCAGCUGCCUCUCCCCCAAGUGCUUGGAAAUCAGCAUCGAAUAUGACUCUGAGGACGAGCAAGAGAUGGGCGGCGGGGACAUGAGCAUCACCAGCUCCGGCUGCCUCGGAGACGGGGAGGCCUGGGGUGCAGCCCCCGUGGGAAGGCCCCGGGCACCUCCGAAGGCCGGUUCAGGCCCCCACCCCUACCCAUGCUCCGCGGCCUGGGAGAAGGGGGAGCCGGAGCGGAGAGGCCGCAGUGCGACCGGCAGAGCCAAGGAGCCGCCCCCCCGGGCAGCAGAGUCUGGGGAGCCCAGAGGGCUGGACAGCCCCGGGCAGAGCGGCUCCCAGCGGAGAGGGGGCUGGGCCCCCAGGCCAGGCUCCAUGGAGCUGGGCCCCGCGAGGAGCCCUCCAGAAGAAGCCCUGGCCCUCCGGGACCUCCCUGUCAGGGUCUUUGUGGCUCUGUUUGACUAUGACCCCGUGUCAAUGUCACCCAACCCUGAUGCUGGGGAAGAGGAGCUCCCGUUCCGGGAGGGCCAGAUCCUGAAGGUGUUUGGGGACAAAGACGCAGACGGCUUCUACCGGGGUGAGGGUGGGGGCCGGUGGGGCUACAUUCCCUGCAACAUGGUGGCUGAAGUGGCCGUGGACAGCCCUGUGGGGACACAGCAGCUGCUCCAGCGGGGCUAUUUGUCCCCAGAGGUUCUCGCUGAGGGCUCAGGGAACGGCCCCUUCGUCUACUCUGCAGCCCGCACCGCCGGGCCUCCCCCCAAGCCCCGCCGCUCCAAGAAAGCCGACUGGGAAGGGCCUGCCCAGCCCCGUGGAGGGCCCCCCCAGCUAGCCUCCUCUGCUGGCCUGAAAGCUCCCCAUUCCAUGGUGGCCGCGUUUGACUAUAACCCCCGGGAGAGCUCUCCCAACAUGGACGUGGAGGCAGAGCUGCCUUUCCGGGCGGGGGACGUCAUCACUGUGUUCGGGGCCAUGGACGAUGACGGUUUCUACUAUGGGGAGCUGAAUGGACAGCGGGGCCUGGUUCCAUCCAACUUCCUGGAGGGCCCUGGGCCUGAGGCAGGCGGCUCAGACAGGGAGCCUGGGGCAGCCCCGUCCGAGGGCCAGGACUGGGUCAGCUCAACCCAGGGGCCCCCAGCACCCCCAGGCUGGCCCUGUGCUCCUGGCCCUCGCUGCUUCCCCGAGGCUGAACUGGGGUUGCCACAGGGCCCAAGCAGGAAGGUGUGGGUUCUCCUCUCCAAGGGGAAGCAGCUCCUCAGGAAACUGGGCUCGGGGAAGAAAGAGUGAUGCUGUGGUCCCAAAGGCCCCAGCUGCGUGGGGAAGGCCCUGGAUUCUGGUACUCCCGAGUGAGCACUGUGGCGCUGGGACAGGACUCAGACUCAGUGAAGGUCAGAGCUAGAGGAGCGGCUGGUCCUCCGGAUGGGCAUCGUCUUCUUACAGGCGGGGACCCUGAGCCCCUGCACGGGGACAAGUCCAGGGGCUGAGCACCUGGUCAUAGAGCUGGCCAGGGACAUGGACUUGUCCCUCCUGGUUCACCCAUCUGCUCCUGGUGUCCACCACGCUGUGCUAGUCCCCUCUUGGCCUCCACACACCUGGCUCGGGGAGAUGCUGUUCCCUCCGACGGCGCUGGCCAUCCUCUUCAUGUCUUCCCUCCCUGAAGGAAAGUUUGCACUGGAUUCUGCCAAGCCCCCUAGCCCGGGGGCGGAGCUAUGUAUAUAGAUGUACAUACUCAGUGCCUCAGCCCAGCUUCCUCCCUCUCGCUUCCACCGCACAGGCCCGGGAAUGAGAAAGGCCAAGCCAAAGCGGGCCUGACCCCACCCCAUAGCGCUCCCCCGCACCCCCCUGCCAGCCGCCCUCCUGGCCGAGACCCGGGGCGGUGGGCAGAAAGCAGGAGUUGGGUUUGCCUUAUUUUGCUCAUCGGAUUCAACUUCUCUUUUGCAUCGUUUUCCUCUGGCCCCUGUUGGAGUCUGGGGGCUGGGGGAGAGGACAGAUUUAUGCAACUAUUUUCAUACAUUCCCUAUUCAGAGUGGGGUGGGGGUUCGUCCCCCCUCCCCUUAGCACCCCUCUCCUCACACUCCGGCUGGGUGAGCGUCUCUGCAUGUUUCCAUUGCUGUGGUGGGAGGUUGUUUGAACUCCCACCCCCACCUUGGUCUCCAGGGGUGUGGAAUGGUGGGGGCAUUUGUUUAAAAAGACAUUUUAUUAUAAUAAAGUCUAUUUUCACAAAACCCA